AUGGGAGUUAUCGAAGGUUUCAGGAAUUACCAAUCGCAUUUGGGAAUUACCCGGAAUGGGAGGUUAAUGGGAGCGAACCGGAGGCCACAUUGGGAGAUCCUGUUUAGCUCCUCAGAAUCUCAAUAUUACAUCAACAUUGAAAACUCCAACCAGAAACCAUUCCGUUUCACACAACCUCAACAAAAACGCGCAAUCGUUCACACCUGCUCGCUAGCGGACCGGGGCGCCAGGUGCGUCCUGACUCACUUUCGAAGACACAAAAGAGAAAAUGCAAAUACACGGAGGAAUGGAUGGGGUACAUUCUCAUCUAUUCUACUCUCCCAGUCGGACAAGUUCCUAAUGUUGCUCUUCACUCUGCUUGCCUUUGCUGCCUUCUCCAGAGCAUCUAUUGUUCCAUUAAGCACGUUCAGUGCACAAAAAACAUUUUAUGAAGUGAACAAAACUUAUAAGAUUUUUAUCAUCUCCGACAGCCCGCAAGAAGAUCUUCAAGCUCUGACGAUCAUCACUAAAAACGCGGAUCAGAAUUCCAAUGCCUUCACUCUCUCUGUAGCUUCAACUGACGGAUCUCUCACCCCAUUCGUCCCAACUCAAGACAACGAUAUGGUCAGUGUCUAUUUCACAGGAGCCACCAACAAUCUUAGAGGAUACCUCUACAUGAAUUCCGUCACACCAAACUUGAAUGUUUUCCCACUUUUUGAAAACAAGCCGAUUAACUACAAACAAGGAACCAAUGUUGUCUUCAAGAUGAGUUCUCCAGCUGGACUAAUUCCUGUUGCUCAAAAUGUUUUCGUCGGAAGCAGUGAAGUUCUCACUGGAUUCGUUGGUCUCCCAGAAGACGUCAGCCCUGUCCAAUUCUUCGAUAGCCGAUUCUUCAACGCUAGCACGGUCACCACAUACGAUCAACUUGAACUUCCUCUGGACAGAUUCUAUUUCACUUCUUCCAGUAACAGUGUUAAGUAUGAAAUCAACUAUGCUGCUAGAAAAAACUUGACCAUUGGUUCUUCUGGACUUCUGAUGACUAAUGCAUUUCCAAAUGGAGCUUAUGAAACCAGAGAUUUUAAUUUGAAAAAUCAGAAUGGAAUCAACGUUGACGCCUACUUUGUGCCAAGAUUCGACACCACUAGCGCUCCAGGAUAUUCUGGAAACAUUACCCUUUUCACAACUCCAGAAACCCUUGGUCCAAUAAUCUUCCCAAUGAUCUCAUAUGGUCAAUCCAACAUCACGUCGAACAGUCCAAUCAGUAGAAUCGUAAUUGAAUCCGAUGGACCAUACGCAAUUCAGUAUUUCUUGAGAGACACCACUGCUACAACUCCAUCUCCAGUCGAAACUACCACCAAAUCGUCCAGCUUCCCACAAAUCGUGGCCUCUCUUCUGAUGACAGCCAUUCUUCGAUUCUAA